GCGUAAUGUAGGCGUACACCUCCAAAUAACAGCUGACACUCUAAAACCGGGAGGACGCUCCGGCUCUGAACCAUAGCACAGAGGAGGCGCUCCAGUGAAGUUCCACCCCGGCCAGAGGCAAGUUUUUACGCGCUCGGGGGUAAAAAAGAAAAAAAAGAAAAGAAAAAGGAAACGACAACAGCCAGGGAUCACAUACCUGCUUCUGCGGACGCGUCCGUGCUGUGCGCAGAGCUGCACGAAAUGAAACCGAGCGGACGGUUAUAGUUAAACGUGAAAGAAGAAAAAGUUACUGCUGCUCACGAAGAAGAGACACUUUUUCUUGCUUUUCAGUUGGACCGUUGUCCUCAGGUAGCUGCUCUUUCAAUGUGGGAUACAGUUUUGGUGCUUCUGCCAGGCUGAAAUCCUCCAGGGUCAGGACCUCCCUCAUGGCAGCCUUACUCCUCGGGCUGCUGCUUUUUGCGAUGCAGUCACCUCCCCUCCCCUCCAGGCCGCUGGCUGACGGGGAUCCACCGUCUCCUCCAGCCCCAUCGCCCGCUGACAAUGGGACCAUCAGCCACCCUAACGGGACCCUGCAACAACUCCCUCAGAUCAUAAUCAUCGGUGUGAGAAAAGGGGGCACGCGUGCAUUGAUUGAGAUGCUCAGUCUCCACAGUGCGGUGGCGGCUGCUCAGAGCGAGGUGCACUUCUUUGACUGGGAGAGUCACUUUCAGAAGGGCUUGCCUUGGUAUCUCAGCCAGAUGCCCUAUGCUUACCCUGACCAGCUGACGGUCGAGAAGACGCCCGCCUACUUCACCUCCAGCAAAGUCCCUAAACGCAUCCAUCAGAUGAACCCUGACAUCAAGCUGCUGCUCAUCCUCAGAGACCCCACAGAGCGGGUGCUCUCGGACUACACCCAGGUCUUUUACAACCGCCUCCAGAAGCACAAGCGCUACCAGCCCAUCGAGUCUGUGCUCGUGAAGGACGAUGAGAUCAACCUGGGAUACAAGGCUCUCAAUCGCAGCCUGUACUAUGUUCACAUGCAGAACUGGCUGCAGUACUUCCCCUUAGAGAGCAUUCACGUGGUGGAUGGGGAUGAACUGAUCAGGGACCCCUUCCCAGAGAUGAAAAAAGUGGAAAGGUUCUUAAAGCUGGAGCCCCAGAUAAACGCUUCCAAUUUUUACUUCAAUAAAACUAAAGGAUUCUACUGUUUGAGAGACCACGGGCGAGAGAGGUGUUUACACGAUUCAAAAGGCAGGGCUCACCCCCACGUGGCUCCUGCCAUCCUCCAGAAACUCUACCAGUUCUUUCACGAACCCAACAAGAAGUUCUUUGAGCUGGUGGGACGAACAUUCAGCUGGAAGUGAACCAUAGAGUCUCAGUAGUUUGGUGUUUGGAGUUGCUUGGGGAAAACCUCCACAAGCUGUUUUCAUCACUUACAGUGUAGUUGAAGAGACAAAGCUAAUGUAAAUUGAAUCUAAAUCUAUUUUUGUACUAGUAUGUUUGUUACGGGAGAUUGACGGAGCCAAAUAUCAGGUCAGACUACAGUUAAAGACAUGCUCUUGGCGCAUGUCUUGUUUUUCUUUCUUGAACAUUUUACUGUCUGUCCGUCUGUGCUGUUAGAGACAUUGGCAUUCACUGCAGUUGGGCUGAUCAAAGCAGGCCACUCAUUAUGGCAUUGAUGAUGACAUUCAGACUUUAGACUGCGCCAGUUAAUGUGCUACAUAAAGAUAAGUACCGAGCAGUUUAAUAUUGUCAUACCUUCUUUUCUCACGUCGUAUAAUAUGACAUUAUUAAUGUCUACCUUACAUUUAAAGCUCUGAAGGACCUUUACCUGCUGCUAUGAUUUUCUCAGUCACUUUCAGGCACAUGCCACACUGAUGACGUGUUUGUUCCUUUUGUCCUUUUUCUUUUAGUACAGGUCGGUUAUAUAAAUUCUGUGUGCACGUCAUAUAUGACUGAUCAUUACUGUACAGAUUUUUUUUUUUUUUUAACGUGAAGAAUUAAUACCAUAACAAUAAAGAUGUAUUUUAUUUUUA